AUGGAUCUCAACACGUGCCUAUCGGUGCAAUUAGGUGAUCGCCGUUCGCGGGUCAACAGCCAGCUGAUCCAAAAAAAGAGGUCGCACAACAAAGGGCCUAACAAGGGCAAGUUUCCAGUAGUUUGGGCGGCGAAAGCGUCCUCCGCGGCGUUCGGCAAAGGACCAAUUUGCGUAUUGUGCUCACGGCGCGGUGAAAUUGCGCGGGAACGGGGCGGCAUUGGGGAAUCAGAUCGCUUUGUGAUUGACCAGUCGCCCGUCAACCGGGGUGGUGGGUUGACGCGUCCGGGAAGGUCGGGAAGAGACGCGAGGGCAAACUCCACGGUCUGCACAGCUCUUGGCUUUGGUACUAAAACAACAACGCGUCUGCCGUAUCACAUU